UCCUCAUCGCCUUCUUCACUCACCGUCCCGCCCAAAUCAGAUUAACAAAACAAUGGCGUCUGGAAACCCUAAUCGAACCCCUAUGUACCCGGAGGUGAUUCAAUCAAACCCUAACGAGCCCUCUGUAUCCAAUUCCUCUAAGUCCUCGCUCUACCCCCAAAUCGACAUGAAAGACCUCGUCGAGAAUCUCUUCCCCGAAAAUUACCAAAUUUCCCCCGAGCCUACUCCCUCCGCCCCUCCCGAGUCCGUCGAGGAGGUUCUCCUCACCUUCCCCGGCGCUAUCCUCCACUUGAUCGACAAACAUUACAGCGUCGAGCUCGCCUCCGGCGACUUGUCGAUCGUCCGGCUCCUACAGGGCGACAGCGUGCUCGCCAUACUCGUCCGCAUUGCCGACGAGAUCCAGUGGCCCCUCGCCAAGGACGAGGCCACAGUCAAACUCGACGAUUGGCACUAUUUCUUCUCGCUUUCCGCUCCCAGAGAACGCGAUUCGUCGUCGGAUUCGAGCGAUGACGAGGACGCCGCGAACGGCUCUAACAGUUUGUUGAAUUACGGCCUGACGAUUGUGUCGAAGGGACAGGAGGGUUUGCUGGCGAAGUUUGACAAGAUUUUGGAGCGGCACAGUAGGUUUUCGGUGCGGAAGGUGUCGGAGGCGCUGGACGGGACGGCGGCGAAAGAGGUUUCGACGGCGGAUCUGGAGGAGGAGAAUAAGAAGGAGUUGGUGGAGCAGCGGUGCGCGGCGUACUGGACGACUCUGGCGCCGAAUGUGGAGGAGUAUAGUGGGACUGCGGCGAAAUUGAUUGCGGCAGGGUCGGGGCAGUUGAUCAAGGGGAUCCUGUGGUGCGGAGAUGUGACUGUUGAGAGAUUGAAAUGGGGCAACGAGGUUCUGAAGAACCGGAUGGAACCCGGUUCGAAGGAGAUCAGUCCUGAAACCUUGAAGAAGAUCCAAAGAGUUAAGAAGAUGACAAAAAUGACAGAAAAGGUAGCAAACGGGGUCCUUUCAGGGGUUGUGAAGGUUUCAGGAUACUUCACGAGUUCAGUUGCUAACUCAAAAAUGGGCAAGAAAUUUUUUGACCUCCUGCCGGGAGAAAUUGUUCUUGCUUCCCUGGAUGGAUUUGGCAAGGUCUGUGAUGCUGUUGAAAUAGCUGGAAAGAAUGUGAUGUCAACUUCAUCAACUGUGACAACUGGACUUGUCUCUCACAGAUAUGGGGAAGAAGCAGCUAAGGCAACAAAUGAAGGACUUGAUGCUGCCGGACAUGCUGUUGGGGCAGCGUGGGCUGUUUUCAAAAUUCGAAAGGGUAUUAACCCAAAAAGUGUUCUAAAACCCUCCUCCUUGGUCAAAUCUGCUGCUGCUAAAAAUGUCAAAAAAUAAGAUAGUGUUCUCUUCGAGUUUGAGUUUUGAGUUUUGAAUUUAUUUUUAAUUUUGUGUUUUGAUUAUCUAUUUUGAAAUUUUUUGAAAACACUUUCUUUACAAAAAAAUUUCUUAUUUUUGAAAAUACGUUUUUGAAAAUAAUAAAAUAAAUGCGUUUUUAAUGUUUUAGUAAAAAAAACACAGUCUAAGAAUUUUAAGUAAUUAGAUCCCUGUUGUGAUUUUUUAACUUCUACAGGAGAUUUGUUAAAUGAUUGCAAACCCAAUUUUCUCUUCCUCCCUCCCUUUUUAUUAAAAAAAAUUAAGCAUUUUCUCUUAGCAUCUACGUAUAUGGCUGACUUAGGUGAGCUAUCGGAAUAACUCAUUUUAUUUUAUUUUUUUUAUAACAUUUGAUCAUUUGUACUGUAAACACGGCAGCAAAAGCCGCUAAUCUUUACCUUUUUCUGAAGUGACUUGAAUUUUGCUCCAUGGAGAAAAAGGAUUUAUUAUGUAAAGAUUGUGUUACGAGAAAUUAAGAGCCCUACAUGGGGAAGGUAGAUUGUGUUAUGUGGGGGUUAUGGCCAUGUCAAAGGAAAAUAAAAAGAAAACACAUUUGCAAAAAAUCUGUUUUUGCUUAGCCUUUAAUUAAUUUCAUUAAGAUUGCUUGGCUUCCGAUUGAUGUAAUACAUGUCCUUUUGCACUCCGGGUUGAUAUUACCGAUUUUAUUAAGCUGGGGACGCUUUUAGUUCUUUUGCACUAUGAGUUUUUCAAUUGUAAAAUGGGUGAGUUGAAAAUUUAAAAGAUCUUGAGUUGAAAUUCGCUCUUUAAAGAGACUAAUGGGCUGUAGAAAUCUGUUCUAUAAUCCAUGGUUCAAUGGUUAUUUGCUGCUUCAUGGGUUCAUAGUGGCUUUCCACUGUUAUAUUUAUACAAAUUAGUGAUCAUGUUAUCAAGAUUGGAGAGCAGGCACCACGUAUUAGUUAAUGGAUUUUCAUGUUUGUGAGGGAUGUGACUUUGUUGCGACUCCAAUGGCCGCCAAGCUAGCAGUUUCUUUCCCAAAGGGAUCUCAUCCAUGGGCUAAAAAGGGGCCAGAAAAUGAUGGGUUUUGGCAAGGACGAUCUCUCUCUCUCUCUCUCUCUCUCUCUCUCACAACACACACACACACACACACGCAUGCACGCACUUGCAUACGUGACAUUGACUCAUGGGCACCCCUUCCCAUUACAAUUUUCGUUAGUUUAAUACAGCCAUUUCGACUGUUUUAAUGUUAUUAGUUUGGUAAACUUCGUUUUCUUCCAUGAAUCACUUUCUUUAACUUUUAUCAACCUGUAAGCAGGUGAGGCAAGUUGAUCAGCUUUAUCCCUUUUUAUAAUCCAAUCCCUUAUCAUCUUCUCCUUGAGAUAAUUCACCCUUUUUUAAGAUCGCUGCGCCCUAUCUAUCAGCCCUCAAAUGGGUGUCGUGCUGGUACCCUGAAAUCCUUGCACUUUGUUUAACUCGCAUUGGGGGCUUUUUGUUUUGUCACCGCCUUGAUUUUUGGUUCUCCAUUUUAAGGCCUCUGCUCGGCUGGCACCUACCCUAAAGCUGGUGCUCCUCCAAUUCUCGGUCCAUCUUGAACAGAAAAUCCUAAUGGUGGGGAACCCACUGGAGACGGGGCUAGUGGCCCGCCCUUGGCCAUGGCAAGGGCCACGUUGUAGAUAAGUCAGUGCUAUACGAGUGUCCUUUACUACAUCUCUAAUACUUAAUACUUUCUGCAUAAUCAGGCACCAACAAAAAUAUGUGUAUUUGAUGUCUUCUUCUUCCCUUUCAAUUUGCACCACUAGCUCUCAAAUGGACAUGGAACUUUUAGGCCCUCAACCAAUCAGAUAUUUCCUGAGUGUUGCAACUUUCUAACUGUACUAUUUUUAGAUAAUUUUAGUCAUGACGGUGACGAACCAUUAUUUUUUCUUCCUUUUUCUAGGGAAAUUGUGGAGUUUGCAAGUAAAUGUUACACAAUUCACCUGUACGUAUAAGACAGCUAAUGAGAUUUUCGCGGAAACUGCAAUCUUAUUCAAAGAGAAAGAUCUCAAAUAUUUAAAGAGUUUAUAUAUAUAUAUAUAUAUAUUUGGUAUGUAAACCUGAAUGAUAUGAUUUGCAAAGACUAUGAUUGCCAAGGGUUUGAUCAUCUUUCUUAGAGAGGUGGAAACGGUAUCAACUUGAUUAAGGGGUCUCUAUUUGAUAAUUCAAUUAAUUACUGGGUUUGUUAUCUCAUGCUCACUGAUUGGCGACGGUGUCGGCCAACUCUCGUGAGACGUCAACCCUUGUGCAUAGCUAAUGGGAACGAAAAUUAAAGGGAGAGCUCUUGUCAAGAAAGAAUGAAUCUCGGCCACCUGUUACAUGAGGGGGAGCUAUUGGAAUGGAAUAGUGUGGAGUCAUUUCCACCCUCUUGUGCUGGGUUAAAGCUAAGCCACAACCUCAGCCAUAUGCCUUAGUGGUUGUUUAAGUGAGCCACAAGCAAAUGAAUGGGUGGUGGUGAUUGAAUUUCAAUGAGGUGGAGUCACUAAUCCAGAGUUCUAGAGGAUCAAGCACACAAAGUCAAGGUGAUGCUAGCAAUUUUGAUAGGAUUGCUAACCCUUUUGACAUGGCAUUUUACAAGAGUCUAUACAGCAAAAUCACUGGAAAAUUUAGCAUAUGGCCUUCGAUAUGAACUUCUACAACGCCCCAUAUUGCGCAUGUGGA